ACGUCAUUCGAGUGCAAUUGAAUGUGAAUGUUGCGUCUUGUACGCACGACGAAAUUAUUUGUAUUAGCGACAGACUAGUAGGCAAGAUUGGGCAAGAUCUCUUUAUGAGGAGAAAAUGGAGACGUUGUACCACCAGACCAACAAAUUAAUACAGGAGACGCAGCACAUUUUCUCGCAGCUCGAGAGAAAGACGUCCGAUGCGGAUCUGCAGGAGGUGAAGCAGGCUAUCGAGGAGAAAAUCAGUCUUGUCAACAGCAAUUGUGAGCGACUCGACGUGCUAUGCCUCAAGGGUCCGGUGUCGCAGAGGCAGAACAACAGAAUGCGAGUGGACCAGCUCAAGUACGACAGUCGUCAUCUCAGCGCCGCCUUAAACUCCUGGUCCAACCGCGUGAUGCGGCAACAGAGGGAGGAGGCGGAGAGGGAGGCCCUACUCGCCAGGAAAUUCACCACCAACGACCACGUAGACAUUUUCAUCGAUCACACUGCGCAGCAUAAUAACAGCUUGCACAAUGCCGUCCAUGGCAUAGAUGAUCUGUUGUACCAGGGCAGCAGCGUCCUAGACAACUUGAGGUCUCAGAGAAUAACGCUCAAGGGUGCCCAUAAACGCUUGAUAGACAUUGGCAAUACCCUCGGUCUCUCCAACACUACUAUGAGGCUCAUAGAGCAACGAGCCAAGCAGGACGGAUUUAUUUUAAUCGCCGGUAUCACUUUCACUUGCAUAGUCAUUGUUCUGGUCAUUGUUUACCUCGCUUAGACAUUCCAAUCGUUAAAUUAUAGAUACCAAGACGAACGCAAUUUGGCCAAUAUUAUUUAUAUUAUAUUUCACACUAAGAUACAAUAUAGUUUGUAUAUUUUAUCGUAGAGGCAACGUUUCUAUUUAUUGUACACUUGUAUCUAGUAACGAUAAUCGAAUACUUUUAAUGGUGAAGAGUAUGGAAGGAGUCGUGUAAUAAUUUUAAGUAUGCAAUUUAUACUGUACAAUAUAAAUACUCCGCAGAU